GCCUUCGGGCUAUGACUCUGCUGAGCGCAGCACCUUUGCUUAUAACUGUCGUGGAGGCAUAGGUAACCCGCAGCUGCGGACACAUAUAAGACAUAUCCCCCACACGAGUCCUUGAAUGAUUGUAUUACACGACGCCCACUCAAAGAUGCCUCAGACCCCACAGGAAAGCCCUCCUGCUUACGAUGAGGCUGUCGCUGGAGGGAGCAGCACCACCAGCACCCCGUUACAGCCCAUCCAGCCUAGCCCACAGAAGGGCCAACCAUUGAAUGGGCCUCAGGGAGUCAAACCUCCAUCGCGGCGUAGUGCGUUCGUUAAUGGGCGCACUGCCCCCGCCAUGCCCCAGACUACCGUCUUCCACUACACGAACCCUAACACAGGCGAACAAGUUGCCUCUCUCCUUCCCCCAGGCCAUCCAGAGAUGGUCUGUUUGCAGCAGGGCGGCCACAUAUCGGAGACAAAGUACGGAAUACUGGGAAUACUGGCAGCCAUAGUGUGGUUUCCGCUCGGCAUUGGUCUUUGCUUGCUCGAUCGAAGAGUGAAGUGCAAGCGUUGCGGAUAUGUGAUCGAUGAUGGGAUGUGUGGCUGAGUGUACUUUUUGGCGUCUUUUUCCUUAUCUCUGCUUGUAUCGAUUGGAUGUAUUCUUACGAGCCUCACAUCUGGCAUCUGGGACGAUUGGCAAUCACUGUAUAGUAUUAAUGUUCGAGUACAGUGCAAUUCAUAUAUCUUGGACUAGAAAUUUCUACCCCCUUAUCCCAUCGAGAUAAAGGCACAAAGGUCAUCUAUUAAAAUAC